AUGGCUUCUGAAUUUACUGAGAAGAAGAAGAAGCUGCUUUUCUCUGAUUUGUUCAAAGGAAAUCAAAGUAUGGCAUCAAGUCCGAGUACUGAAUCCGUUUUAGGCUCUUCGUCUGCUUUGAGUUCACCAUUUGGUUCUGAGCUCGACUCGACCGAGACUUCUGGAAGCGAAGAUGAAGAUUUCAUUGCCGAGUUGACACGUCAGAUGGCUGAGCACCUGCUUCAGGAAGAUGGAGAAAACUCACUUUCCGACUGCGUUUCUGAUGAAUCUAAGUUGAAAAACCAAGCUACAGUAAGAAAACAAGGCCGGAAUUCUCGGGGAAGACGAGUCGGUAGGAGCGAGUUAACUCAGAAGAAACCACUUUAUCAAACUGAGCAGCAAUACAAAGGGGUGAACUGGGGAAAUGGGCUUUAUUAUGGGUCAGGUAUGAGGGCAGUAUUUCUCGGUGGAUCUGGAUCGAGCCACGGGUCAUGUGGAACUGGUGUUUUCUUGCCGCGUGGAUCCAACGUCCCGGCCGAGCACAAAAAAAAAUCAGGAGCCUGUUCGACAGUGCUUAUACCUACAAGAGUAUUGCAAGCUUUGGAACUUCAUUUUAAUAGGUCAACGGCGUCAAGAGACUCUACUGAUCAGCACUCUUCACAAAACUCAAAUGAUAUACAUGUAAAUGAUUCUUCACAUAUUAAUGGAGGAGAAGCACAAUUGAUCGAAAAACAGUCGGGAAACGAGAAUGAGGAAACAUUAUUACCGCAAGAAUGGACCUACUGA